GCAGUGAACAGCUUGGGAACGCCAGAACCGUAGAAGAAGAAACCGGCUGUUAUUAUUCUCACUGUCGGGUCUCCAUCAUAGACUGUAUAAAGGUCUUUAUCCAGCAUCUUGUUAACAUAACUUCUGAAAACUAGACCGUCGGGAGCAAGCUGUUUCAUUUUGGUUGGAAGGAUCAAGAGAGGCUCCCCUUCAUGCGUUUGCUGCAGGAAUAAGGAUGGCAGGCAGAGGCAGGCUGGUGCCCUGUGUGUGUCUGGGUUUUUUUGGUGUCCUGUGCUGGGUCUGGGUCUCCUUUGCCUCCUUUCCAGACGAACAGCUUCCCCUGGAGGCCUGGGAUGCAGUGGACCGAGGAGCCUUUCAGCCUCAGAGUGCUCUAUCAGACAUGGAGUUUGCCUCCAUCAGCUCAUACACAGGACCUGGCAACAGUGACCGUCGCAGCAACAAAGAGCUGCCCAUUCUCCUCUGGUGGAGUGGGGGACUUUUCCCACAUUUUCCCGGUGACACUGAACGCAUCGACUGUGGCACAUCAUCCUGCCUGGUCACAAACAACCGCAAGGUCCAGCUGUACAAACGGACAGCAUCCAUCAUCUUUUAUGGAACAGACUUCAGGGCAUAUGAGGCUCCACUCCCUCGUCUCCGCCACCAGACCUGGGCACUGUUCCAUGAAGAGUCACCCAUGAAUAACUACUUCCUCUCCCAUGGCCCAGGGAUCAGGCUGUUCAACUACACAGCCACGUUUCGUAGAGAGUCAGACUAUCCAUUGACCCUGCAGUGGCUGCCAUCUCUUGACUACCUGCUGGAGCCUGUGGCUGUGACCCUAGAGGAGAAGAACCGGUUGAGGAGGGAGGGCUUGGCUCCUGUUCUUUAUAUGCAGUCUCACUGCGAUGUGCCGUCAGACAGAAACAGAUACGUCCAGGAGCUCAUGAAGUACAUUCAGGUUGACUCAUACGGUAAAUGCCUGAACAACAAACCUCUACCUGACCGUCUGGAGGACACUGCCACAGCUACUGGAGAAGAGCGAAGCUUCAUGAAUUUCGUUGCUCGCUACAAGUUUCACCUAGCACUGGAGAACGGCCUGUGUCCAGAUUACAUGACUGAGAAGCUGUGGCGGCCCCUCCAUCAAGGCUGCGUGCCCGUCUAUCGAGGCUCAUCUGUGGUGGCAGACUGGAUGCCGAACGACCACUCUGCUAUCGUCAUCGAUAACUUCCCCUCACCGAAAGCUCUUGGUGACUUCCUCAAACGUCUGGAUGAGAAAGAUGAGGAGUAUGCAAAAUAUUUAGAGUUUAAGAACUUCAAGAGGAUAACUAAUGCUCGUUUGCUGGAGGCUCUGGAGACACGUGAGUGGGGGGUUAACGACAUGAGUAAGCCGAACUAUCUCAAUGGAUUUGAGUGUUAUGUGUGUGAUCAGGAGAAUGCAAGACUGGCAGCAGAACGAGCCUAUAGGAAAGCACCUACGAAGAACAAACCACCUCAGUCCAAAAUGGCCAACAACUCUCACAUGGGGUGCCCUCUGCCUAGCCCAGGGUACGGAGAUGUCAAAGAUUUACCUGCAGAUGAUGGAUGGUUGCAAAUAUGGCCGCAGGAUUACUGGCAGAGCCUGGACCAAGCGGAGGGGCUGGAGUCCCUGAUAAGACAUAACGAGUCAGACCCUUCGCUCCUGUGGAAGCACAUCCAAAACAUUGCUGUGAGCAGAGCCAGAGGAAAACACUGACACAGGCCUUGAAACAAACAGAGGAUGGCGCACGUCCAGGAUUACAGGGGUGUCCCAUAUUAUGCAUCCCCUCGGUUUAAAUGAGGGGAAUGAGGCAGAAAUGACUCAUCUUUCUGCACCUGAGCCAAAACCCCUUCACCCUUACAAGCAGUUUGGUUACACUCUAACAGAUUUAGAUACUGUAUGCAGCUGAUAUGAAGGUUUUGUCCUUUAUACUUAAUUCAAUAAUGAGAAAGUAAUGUUAUUAAGUGCUAAAUGCUGAUGUUACCAAGUCAUUUCAUCACUUUAACAGAGGGUCCAUUAUUGCUCAUGUUCCGCUUUGCAUUGUUAACAUUAACUGCAUGUGGUGCAGUUGUUCCACAGAGGCACAUUCUCAUGGGAGGCAGCUUUUCAUUGGAUUGGGGCAGAGCCACAGACUUGUCCCCUGCAUCAAGGGAGCUGUACCUAACUGUGUGUGAAGACCAUCAAGACAGUAGCCACUGAGCUGCAUUUGCUUCUGUACAGUUCCUCUGCAGGUUGCUAAUGGUUAUUAAAAGUCACAUUUAUAUGUACACAGCUUUUUAACUGACUUUGCAAGGGAAAUAUGAUUCCACCGAGGAGUGAAGCCAGGAAAAUGUAGAGUUAAGUACAUUUCCCUGUGGAAAAUCUCCACUGUAAUUGCAAAGCAGUGCUCAGGAAACUCAUCUGAUGAAUUUCUGUGCCAGACACUUUAUAAUAUGACCCACAACUGUUUUCUGUUACAUGAUGCUGAACAUGUUUGUGUGCAAUAACUUUUUUAUUAUGCUUUUGUAAAAUAUGUUACUGCUUGACUCCAUUGACAGCCAUGUUUUUCUACUAGCACACCGCCUUGUAUCACAUAUUUGUACCAGUGUUUUAUAAAUCAUUUUAUUUUCUUAACAAACCAUCAUACAUGAUAACAAACUGUUUUGUAUGAGGAAGAACAAAAGAAGUAAACAUUUUGUAACAAAGUAA